AUGUGUUCGAAUCCCAUUCUCAUUAGCAAUUUUGCACAGUUGCGGAAUGAUUCCAUUUCUGGACGCUCAGAUGGAUAUGGUGGCCUGUUGUCUUUGAAGGCCUCUCCAUGCGCGAGUAGAUAUUUGUCGAAGGAACGAAACGGAGGAGUUUGGCGUGAUGGUCGAGUAGUUGGUUUACCUCACCUCGUUCUUCAAGGCAUGUGUUCGAAUCUCAUUCUCAUUAGCAAUUUUGCUCAGUUGCGGAAUGAUUCCAUUUCUAGACGCUCAGAUGGAUAUGGUGGCCUGUUGUCUUUGAAGGCCUCUCCAUGCGCGAGUAGAUAUUUGUCGAAAGAACGAAACAGAGGUGUUCGGCGAGAUGGUCGAGUAGUAGGUUUACCGCUCUUCGCUUUUCGAGGCAUUGGUUCGAAUCCCAUUCUCAUUAGCAAUUUUGCUCAGUUGCGGAAUGAUUCCAUUUGUAGACGCUCAGGUGGACAUGGUGAUCUGUUGUCUCCAAAAACCUCUCCACACAUGAGUAGAAUAAUGUCGUAUAGGCAAAACCGAGCAGUCGGUUCAAGCCACCAUUCCCUUCGAGAUAUGGUAUCGAAUCCCACUCUCUUCAGCAAUUUUAUUGAGUUGCGGAAGGGUCCCAUUUGUGGACGCUUAGGAGAACAUGUUGACCUGUUCUCCUCAAAGAGCUCCCCAUACACGAGUAGAUUUUUUCGGAUGGGGAAAACAGAGCAGUACAGCGAGAUGAUUGAGCAGUCGGGCGAAGCACCAGUUCCUUCGGAACGUUGUAUCGAAUCCCACUCUCCUCAGCAAUUUUGCUGA